GCAGCCGGAAGCAGGCUCUGGCGGAAGCCUGUCUGGGCCAGCUAGGCCCCCCUCUCGACCUGUCCUGGGUACAGGCUCCGCCCAUCGCAAUGUAGGUGAAAGGUCGGCGGCGCCCGCGGUAUCGCUGGGCAGUGGAGCGAGACUGCCGGGACUGCUAGCUAGACUGUCAGAAGACUGACCAUGGCUGACGAGCCGAAGCCCAUCAGCCCACUUAAAAACCUCCUGGCCGGCGGGUUUGGCGGCGUGUGCCUGGUGUUUGUGGGUCACCCCCUGGACACGGUCAAGGUCCGACUGCAGACACAGCCACCAAGUGGGCCUGGGCAAGUUCCUCUGUACACUGGGACCAUUGACUGUUUUAAGAAGACUCUUAUUAAAGAGGGCAUCACAGGGCUAUAUCGGGGCAUGGCUGCGCCCAUCAUCGGGGUCACUCCCAUGUUUGCUGUGUGCUUCUUUGGGUUUGGUUUGGGAAAGAGACUACAACAGAAAUCUCCAGAGGAUGUGCUUAGCUACCCGCAGCUGUUUGCAGCUGGGAUGUUAUCUGGUGUAUUCACCACAGGAAUCAUGACCCCUGGAGAACGGAUUAAGUGCUUAUUACAGAUUCAGGCCUCUUCAGGGGAAACAAAAUAUAAUGGCACCUUGGACUGUGCAAAGAAGCUGUAUCAGGAGUUUGGGAUCCGAGGCUUCUACAAAGGGACUGUGCUCACCCUUAUGCGAGAUGUUCCAGCCAGUGGGAUGUAUUUCAUGACAUAUGAAUGGCUUAAAAAUGUCUUCACUCCAGAGGGAAAGAGUGUCAGUGAACUCAGUGUACCUCGAAUCCUGGUAGCUGGAGGCUUUGCAGGGAUCUUCAACUGGGUUGUGGCAAUACCCCCAGAUGUACUCAAGUCCCGCUUCCAGACUGCACCUCCUGGAAAAUAUCCUAGUGGUUUUAGAGAUGUGCUGAGAGAGCUGAUCCGGGAUGAAGGAGUCACAUCUUUGUACAAAGGAUUCAAUGCAGUGAUGAUCCGAGCCUUCCCAGCCAAUGCAGCCUGUUUCCUUGGCUUUGAAAUUGCCAUGAAGAUCCUUAAUUGGAUAGCCCCCAACUUGUGAGGCUUAAGACUGUUCAAGACUUCUGGAUGCUGUGGAAAACCAUCUCAUCGCUGAGAAGCAAUGGGCAGGACUAGGUAGUCCUGAAGGGUGAGGGGAGGGGAAUGGUGGUAUUGAGCUCUGUGCAUGGACAUGAUGGUGAAACUGUUGCCUUAAUGACAUUCUCUGCCUUGUAUAACUUGGUGUGCCAUUUUGAAACUUGAAUUUGCUCUUACCAGUUUAGGUAAGAGAAUUGGAGAUAGAAUAAAUGUCUUAUAGACCUACUACCUUUGGCCAGAUUGCCACCUACUGGUUGGUUGCUGGCCCUACUACACUCAAAGUACUCCUCACUAAAGAGGUGAUGUCCACCUCUCUGGAGGCACCUUGCCCAUUUUCAGCCAGCUUACUAGGCGCUGGGAUCUUCUAGCCAGGAAAGCUCAUCAGGCUUCUGGGGUGCACAGAGGGAUGCCCAGAUGUUAAGCCCAUCUCUCUCUACUCAAAUGGACUAGGUGUGUAUACCUAGGAACAAGUCAGCUAAUUAACUGCUAGAUUUUGAUUUUUUUAUACAAAUAAUAAAAACUAUAUAGAAUAGUUUAAUUUCCUAGGAGAAGGUAGAAAAUUUCCCCUCUUACACAGUGAAGACAGUCCCAGACUGCUGGGAUAAGUGUGAAAGCCAGACUGUAGGAAGGCUCUUUUUAUAUACUCUUUCCCCUUGAGAGUACCCAAUUUUAAUAGGAAACAAUAAAUAUUGUUUCUAAUUUUU